CAUUAACUAGAGAUGCAUACAAAAGUGAGUGACACUACAUUGAAGAGGCGGCUCUGCUCUGCUAGAUGUGUGUAUCACUGCAGUACUGCUGCACAAAGUGCCAAGUGUAGUGAGGACCAUCAACUAUUGCAAGAGUCUGUAAUCCUCCCAUAUAUGCUAUGCAAAUGCAGUGCACACACAUCUUUCAAGCCAUCCAUCUAUUGGCCUCUUUAUAAGACCAUACUUUUCUUCCCUGCAGCCUUUUGCUAGAGCAAACUCACUGCAUACACAGGAGAGAGAAAGCAAAGAGCAUAGAGAGAGAGAGAGGGAGGGAGAGAGAGAGAGAGAGAGAGAAAUUGCUCAUAGCAAAAUCCAAAAGCAGAGUCUGAGUUGCUCGCCGCAGUCAGGCAUCUUGUCUUAUUGCUUUCUUUGAUCAGUCGUCUUUUGCAGCUGCAGGGCUCCCCUCUCCUCCUACCUCGAGCUAGUAGGUUUCAUGCAUGAAUGCUCAGUAGUGCAGCAGCAGCUAGCUAUAGCUUGCGAGUAUUAGAUCAACAGUGCAGUGAAAGUGUGUGGUGCGAGUCACCCCCACCCCCACACAUCCCCUCUUCAGACCUCCAACUUUGCGUCGCAUUAAUCAAGCUUUCUUCCAACUUCGGUAGUUCCAUGUGCUUCAUGAUCGGAUCAGUGACCAGUUCAGCUCGCAUGUGCUUCUUGGUCAGAUCAGCUCGAUAGCUAGCGUGCAAGCUAAGUGCGAUCGUUUCUUGAUAGGUUUUCCCGGAUGGAUCAUAGCUUCAACGAUAUGAUCGUCUUAACCGAGAGCGCAUGGAGCGGCGGCGCUGGGGGUGGCGGCGAUGGCGAGGCAGUCUUUCUGCCACCGGAGGCUGGCGGUGUCGAGGGAGGAAGCAUGACGGUGCUGGAGAGGCUGGUGCUGGACGAGGCGCUGGCGGCGGCGAUCCUGGAGCUUCAGGGCAUCCAGACGCCCUGCGGCAGCAAGGUGGCGGUGCCGGCGGCGGCCCGUGGCGUCGGGGAGGCCGUCGCGUUCUCAGCAAUAGCGACGCCAAUGCCCGCCUACGCGGACGUUGACGUGGAUGUCCUGCAGCGACAGCAGCAUCACCAUCGCCAUCACGGCGCGAUGGGGAUGGCUGCCGACUACGACCUGUCACCAGAAACAGCCGCUGUCACGGUAACUUCUGUACCAGCUGCUUUCACAAACGCCGCUGCAGUUGACAGCAGCGGCCUCGUUGAUGCGCCGGUCUUCUCCGGCAAUGAAACCGAUGUGCCCGGCGCGGUAACAACAACGGCGGCGGCCAGGACGGCGACGACGAGCCAGCACUGUGAAGAAGGUAGACACGGUGGCGGCGGUGUCCGAAGGCAGCGACGGCCAAACAGGAAGCGAAAGGCUGCCGAGACAUCUUCUGUGCCGGCGCAGGAGAGCUCUCUGUGCAGCCUCCUGGCGUCCACCACAGCUGGCGACGGCGGCAUCCAGAUCGCCUUCAGCACGAGUGCUCAGGCUCCGGCUUCCAAGAGGUCGAAGCCGUCGCUGAGCAGUGGCUCGUCGAGCAUCAGCUUCGACGGCAGGAACGCCGGCGCCAGCGACGACCCCAUGUACGAGCCGGACACGGAGGCGCUGGCGCAGGUGAAGGAGAUGAUCUACCGCGUGGCGGCGAUGCGCCCGGUGUCCCUCGGCUCCGAGGAGGCCGGCGAGCGGCCGCGCCGGCGCAACGUGUGCAUCUCCUCCGACCCACAGACGGUGGCCGCGCGGCAUCGGCGGGAGCGCAUCAGCGAGCGGCUCCGCGUGUUGCAGAAGCUCGUCCCCGGCGGCGCCAAGAUGGACACCGCCUCCAUGCUCGACGAGGCCGCCAACUACCUCCGCUUCCUCAAAUCCCAGGUCAGGGAGCUGCAAACCCUAGACCCUCGGAAUUACGCAAACGCCAACGUGAACAACAGCACCACUACCAUGGCUGGGCCACUGGUCUACAGCAAUGGCAACGGCGUGCCGGCCUUCACCUUCCCGGCAGCAGCAGAAACCCUACGAGAAGGAGGGUACGUUGAGCAGCUGAUUUAGUUAGAUAGAUUUGAGACAUUGAAACAUGUUGUUAUGCUUCUCAAAUGUGAAACCAUCGUAUGAUGAUAGAUUCAUCAUUAUUAGCUCAUCAGUGACUAGAGAGAUGAUCGAUCGAUCAUAUCGAUGGAAUCAAUCAUGGAUGCAAAUGGCUCAGUUAAUUUAACCUCUGCUUUUUAAA